CAGGAUCAGCAACUGUUCAGCAGGAUUAUUGUGCUAACUUGGCAAACAGCCACACCUGAUAGUUAGAAAAAAUUUAAUAAUGCCAAAAAUCCGGCUAAAUCUGCUAAAUUAUGAUCGACGGACAGUGUUCGGUGGCGUUUACUGAAUUUUCUCCCCUGAAACCGUGAAAAUGUGCAAGUGUUUUAGAGCAGUUUUGCGCAAAAUGGGCCAACGAGCAGGAAAACUAUCCACUCGGUCUUUUUUGCGGUGUUCAUUGUUAAUGUUGGUGAUUUUAACAGGAACUUUCAUUAAAACCGCUUCAGCUAAUCCCGAUGCUAAGCGCCUGUAUGAUGACUUGUUGAGCAACUACAACCGACUAAUUAGACCAGUUCGGAAUCAUUCGACGAAUAUUCUUGUUAAAUUAGGUUUAAGGUUGUCGCAGCUUAUCGAGCUGAACCUGAAAGACCAAAUUCUCACCACUAACGUCUGGUUAGAGCACGAAUGGCACGAUUAUAAAUUUAUGUGGGACCCUCUGGAGUAUGGCGGUGUUAAAGAGCUGUAUGUCCCCUCCGAACAUAUUUGGCUGCCGGAUAUUCUUUUGUACAACAAUGCUGAUGGGGAAUAUGUGAUAACCACCAUGACUAAGGCGGUUCUGAAAUACGAUGGAAAGAUCCAAUGGACGCCGCCAGCAAUUUUCAAAUCUUCCUGCGAAAUCGACGUGCGAUAUUUUCCCUUUGACCAGCAAACGUGUUUCAUGAAGUUUGGAAGCUGGACGUAUGGAAGCCAGAUCGAUCUUCAGCACAUUAAUCAAAAACCCGGAGAAGACAUCGUGGCUUUAGGAAUAGACUUGAGGGAAUAUUACCCGAGUGUUGAAUGGGACAUUCUGGCCGUACCUGCGGAAAGACAUGAGAAGUAUUAUCCUUGCUGUCCGGAACCAUAUCCAG